AUGCCUCAUAAGUUAAGUACAUGCAAAGAGGACGGUGCGUUGGAUCCGGAGCCUGUGUGGCGCAUUCUUCAAGAGCCCAGGAGCCUACUCAUCACCACCGAUAACCUUUACACCGAUUAUCUCCACGGCAUUGCCGACACUGACGAAGACGUCGAGUUAUCCGCCGAUACCAUCGUGAACUGGGACUUGUUGCGAUCCAAGGAUCAUUAUGCCACCGGCCGAAAUGUGCGCGCAACCAGAACAAGCCUCACAUACCGAGAUGUCAUGCAAGUGUCGAAGCUCGGGGCCAAGUUCGGCCUGUUUGGAAAGAAGUGA